UCCUCGCAGCUCGAGGUGCCAAGGCAGCCGUCAAACCCGGGGAUUGACUAGCUCCUUCCGUGAUGAAGUUAGUAACGUCGCCAACCGUGCCGAAGAAUAUUUAAUUGGCGGGGCUAUAUCUGGAGAAUGUAAAUGAGACAAAGUAUGAAAUAGAGGAGAUCCCCAUCUUCAUCUUUCCGUCCUGCCUGACGCACAUUAUGCCUCGUGGACUGUUUCUGCUGAGAUAUUCUAGGAGUCGAGUUUUCGGGAGAAGAAGGCACAAACCCCUCAGUGGAAUUGCCCAAGGUUGACUUAUGGUGCGCUAAUGCCUCGCUAUCACACUUUCACCCAGACUGUCGGGUCCUGAGUAGUAUUCUUGCUGUAGGCGAGGGCGGCUGGUGUGAAACUAUUUUGCCAGGAAUCGUAUCCUUCAAAUUUUCAUCUCCUUUAUCUCGCUAUGAUAGGGCAAGGAAAUAAAGCCGUCUCUGCAGAGGCAAAAUUCCAUGCUCUUUCAGACAUGAGCUCGAUACGAACCCAGUAUGAGAAGCCCGAAGUAAUCCGAAGACACUAUAUCUCAACCGUAACCAUGGGUUCGAGUCGGCUCACUUCCCUCCAUAUAAUAUUGCCAAUAAUAAUAACCGUGACAAUAUCGCCAGGAGUAAAUCCGAACAAAGGAGUGGCCCUGCAAGGACCACCGAGAAGAGAAGAGGUGACACUGCAAUCCUUUGUUCUUCAUCGGAGAUCUCCGCCUGGCUCUAGCCUCCCCGCUCUCCACCCAAAAGUUGCCAAUUGCCAUAAUGGUCGGACUACUUUGUGCAGUUUUACAUGGUUGGCAAAACGGCCUUGUCAAGGUCCACACUCAUCGAAAACUCCUCGUCGUUCGGUGCAUAAAGAACCUGCCAACCGGUCUUCGGUCGCUCAGUCAGUCACUAAGACGCUACGUCAUGAGUCAAGGGUAAAGACGUCCUGACAAGGCAAGCGCUGUCUUCCUUGGACUGGGGAUAGAAAAUCCUUCGCGACUUCGUGUCCGUU